AUGUCCCUCGACUUUGGUCUGAAAGGAGCCCAUGUGCUCAUCACAGGCGCCGCCGGUGGGAUCGGUCUCGAGACAGUCCGAGUCUUCUGCCAGCUCGGCGCGAGGGUCACAGCUCACUACAACUCUCGCAUCGGAGCACUAUCCGAGAUACCGGAUAUUGUGUCACUACAAGCGGACGUGCGCGAUGAGACUUCGGUUGAGCGCUUGCUUGCUGAAGCUACGGAGAAGAAUGGUGGGCCGGUGAACGUGCUUAUUGUUAAUCAUGGGAUUUGGCCAGCGGAGGCCAAGAGUAUUGCUGAUAUGGACUUGAAGCAGUGGGAGAAUACGUUGGCCGUUGACCUUACGGGACCAUUCCUGUUGUGUCGGGCUUAUUUGCGUGCUUUGAAGGGUGCGAGUGAGGAGGUGAAGAAAGCGGCUAGCAUUGUUUUCAUUGGCUCGACUGCUGGGAGGUAUGGUGAAGCGGGACACGGCGACUACGCAUCUGCCAAGUCUGCUCUCCAAGGGGGCUUUAUGCUAACUCUCAAAAACGAAAUUGUGCAUAUCGCUCCUCAAGGACGUGUGAACAGCGUCAACCCAGGAUGGGUAGUGACGCCACUGGCUGAGGAUACCCUGGAAGAUACGGCUUUCGUUGAGCGGGUUUUGGCGACAACGCCGCUGAGGAAAGUUGGCCGGCCGGAAGACGUUGCCCGGCAGGUUGCGGUUCUGGCGAGUCCGGUGUUGAGUGGGCAUGUUAGUGGGAUGGGGAUUAUGGUUGAGGGUGGGAUGGAGGGGCGGCUGUUGUGGCCGCCGAAGUCAUCGUAA